CAAAAAAUGGCGAUGUCCACUCGGUGUGCAAUUGCCAGAUCAAAAAUGUCUUUGACCAAGUGCUUCAUAUUGUUAAGUUAUUUCAUAUGUCAACUUUAUGCUGUUCAGCGUGACAACUUUAAAACAUGUGAACAGAGCAGCUUCUGCAAACGUCAAAGAGCCUACCAACCAGCACAAUCACCAUAUGUAGCUCUAGAAGAUUCCUUAAAAAUAACCAGCAAUACUAUAGAUAUACAAUUACUUAACAAAGACAAUAAUGUCAGGUUUUUAUUAACUAUCUUUGGUCUACAAGACAAUAUGUUUCGAAUCAAAAUGAAUGAAUUAAGUCCAAUAAAAGAAAGAUAUGAAAUUCCUGUGGGUGAUGCAUUAAAAGAAGAACCUGCUCAACAAAAAAUAAAUUUUGCUGGAAAGGAUAAAGAUAAAUUUGUAAUUAAAAUGUCCAAUCAUAAACUACUAUUAUCUCUAUCACCAUUUCGAAUAGAUGCUUAUACUGAUGAAACACCAGUUAUGAGUCUCAAUUCACAGGGAUUACUGAAAUUUGAACAAAUGAGGAUCAAACCAGAAGCAAAACCACCAGCUGAUGAUAGUGCUGAUGAGAAUGGUGAAGAAGCUAAUCCUCAAGAAGCUGUAGAAAAUCAGGAAGAGAAAGUGAAAGAAGAGAAAAAAGAAGAUGAAACGGGAAUGUGGGAAGAAACAUUUAAAACUUUUACUGACUCAAAACCACAUGGGCCAUCUUCAAUUGGAAUUGAUGUAUCAUUUCCUGGUUUUGAAAAUGUUUAUGGUAUUCCAGAACAUGCCGAUACCAUGGCCCUUAAAACAACCAAAUCUACAGAUCCUUACAGAUUAUUUAAUUUAGAUGUAUUUGAAUAUGAUUUAUACAAUCCUAUGGCUUUAUAUGGUGCUGUACCUCUUAUGUAUGCUCACAAUGAAGACAGAACAGUUGGUAUAUUCUGGCACAAUGCAGCAGAAACAUGGAUAGAUAUUAGUUCUAAUACAGCAGAUAAGUCAGUAUUUUCCCAUAUAGCUGAUUUUGUAAAAGGUAAUAAUGAGAUACCACAGACAGAUACACAUUGGUUCAGUGAAAGUGGUGUAAUAGAUGUAUUUUUAUUAUUGGGUCCUACACCACGUGAUGUAUUUAAACAAUACAGUAGACUUACAGGAACCACACAAUUACCACCAUUAUAUUCUCUGGCCUAUCAUCAAUGUAGAUGGAAUUAUAAUGAUCAAGAUGAUGUUAAAGCUGUGGAUGCCAACUUUGAUAAAUUUGAUAUACCAUUUGAUGUAAUAUGGUUAGAUAUAGAACAUACAGAUGGCAAAAAAUAUUUUACGUGGGCUCAUGAUAAAUUCCCCACCCCUGAAGAAAUGAUAAAGAAUCUGUCUGUAAAGGGACGUAAAUUAGUAACUAUUGUUGAUCCUCAUCUAAAACGAGAAGAUGGGUAUAGUGUAUAUACUGAUGCUAGAGAUAGAGGUUUUCUUAUUAAAAAUAAAGAUGGUAAUGAUUAUGAAGGGUGGUGUUGGCCAGGCUCAUCAAGUUGGCCUGAUUUUACCAACCCUGUAGUUCGAGAAUGGUGGGCUGAUAAGUUUGCUCUCAGUGAAUAUAAAGGCUCUACCCCAGAUUUAAUAGUAUGGAAUGAUAUGAACGAACCAUCAGUCUUUAACGGGCCAGAAAUAACUUUCCAUAAAGAUGUCAAACAUUAUAAUAAUUUUGAAAAUCGAGAUUUACAUAAUAUUUAUGGCAUGUAUGUGCAUCAAGCUACUAUGGAAGGGUUAGUCAAAAGAUCUGGUGGGAAAGAAAGAUCCUUUGUUUUAACUAGAGCCUUCUUUGCUGGUUCACAGAGAUACAGUGCUGUAUGGACAGGAGACAAUAUAGGAGAAUGGUCUCAUCUCAAGGUCUCUAUACCAAUGGUACUAUCAUUAAAUUUAGCUGGUAUAACAUUCUCAGGAGCUGAUGUUGGUGGAUUCUUUAAAAAUCCUGAUCCCGAAUUGCUCACUAGAUGGUACCAGACUGGUGCUUUCUACCCAUUUUUCCGAGCCCAUGCCCAUCUGGACACCAGACGUAGAGAACCAUACUUAUUACCAGAAGAAAAUAUAAAAAUUGUACGAGAAGCUCUUAGAUUACGUUAUUCAUUAUUACCAUAUUAUUAUACAUUAUUUUACCAAGCAGAAGAAGAUGGUCUACCUAUUUUUAGACCAUUAUGGGUUGAUUAUCCUAAAGAUAAAGAUGUUUUUAAAAUAGAUGAUCAGUUUUUGAUAGGUUCAUCAUUAUUAGUAAAACCAGUAACUGAUCAAGGUCAGACUAAUGUUAAUGUUUAUUUCCCGGGUAAAGAUAAUGUAUGGUAUGAUAUAGAUACAUAUCAAACAUACGAUGGUUCAAUGACAAUCAAUGUUCCUGCACCCUUAGAUAAGAUACCUGUAUAUCAGAAAGGUGGAUCUAUUAUAGCACGUAAAUUACGACCUAGGAGAUCAUCCAGUCUCAUGUACCAAGAUCCAUUUACAUUGAUAGUAUGUCUGGAUAAACAGGGUAAAGCUGAAGGAGAGUUAUAUGUUGAUGAUUAUCAUUCAUUCCAAUAUAAAAAUGGAGAUUAUAUACAUAGACAAUUUAUAUUUAAUAAAAAUACUUUAUCUUCUAAAAAUAUUGACCCCAAAGGUCAAUUUAAUACAAGAGAAUGGAUAGAAAAAAUUAUUAUAGUUGGUUUUCCUAAUGAACCUAAAAAAAUUACUAUUGCUAAUUCAAGUGGUGAAAACAGUCGUAUUUUAGGAUUUCAAUAUAAUGAGAAUAAUAAAAGUUUAACAAUACGUAAACCUGGUGAUAAUAUAGCUGAUAUAUGGACAUUGGUCAUCGUUUAGUUAUCAUUAUUAUUAUUAUUAUUACUGGUAUUUGUUAUUGUUAUAUCAUUGGGAUGUCAAUUUGUACCAAGAUUUGAACAUCCAAUCAAAAACUUUGAAAGUUGAACUGGUUUUGGUUUCAAAGAUUUUGAUUGGUUACUGGUUAGACAUUUAAAAUGUUGUAUGUGUUGACUCCCUUUCACCAUCAUUUUACAAUUUCUAUGGCCUCAUUUCAAUUUACUGCACUACUUUUUAUAAAAUUGUACAAUUCAUUUUUUUUGUCUGAAGUUGAUUUCCUAAUUUGUGCAAGAACUGGACUUUAUUUGCAAGUAAAAAAUCGGUUAAGGUUUUCUUUUUGAAUCGAUGAUGCUUAUCAAUAAACAGAUAGAACUGUGAUUCACUUUAUCCAAGUAGCUUUGUAUAAGGUUUUAAUCUUAAACCAAUAACAAUGACGUUUUAUCUUACGGGGAUAUUUGUGAUUGGUUGGAUUGAAAGUCAUGUGACAUCAUGAUAAACUCAAGUCCUGAAUAUGAUAUUUUCGAAAGUUACGACCAAAAAGUCAAGAAAACAAAUUCAAAUAUAACCAAAGAGUUCCCAAUUCAACUAGUAUGAUAUUAUUAAGGACUGUAGACAUUUUGUUAAAUCUUACCAAUGACUAGCUUCUAUAUCAUCAUUUAGUUCCCUUUCUUAGAAUCAUUUAUAAUUUGAAUUGACCAAAUAUUUUGCAUGUAAACUUGUUUACUCACUGUAUGUUUGAGUAAUUUAUUCACAUUUUGUUUUAGUAAAAUUAGGCAAGAAGUAAUGAUUUUGAAUUUAUAGAAAUGUUAUAUUAGUUUUGUUGUAAUUUUAUUUGUUAAUUUGGU